AUGCCACGGUUUUUCAGGUUCCGGCGCGCCGGAAGCGUCGCCGUUAUUGAAAUACACGGCGCCAUAGGGACGCGAAUAAGGGAAUCGGUAUACUCGAGGCUUUUUGCCGAUGUUGCCGCCAACAAGCGAUAUCGCGCUCUUCUGUUGGACAUCCAAUCUCCCGGUGGUUCCGCCGCCGGAUCAGAGUUGCUGUACCACAGUCUCCGAAAGGUGGCCGCCCAAAAGCCGGUGGUGGCCCACAUCCGCAGCCUGGGCGCCUCCGGUGGCUAUUACCUGGCCUGCGCGGCCCACAGGGUUACCGCCCUGCCUACCACCAUGGUGGGUUCCAUUGGGGUGAUCCACUUGAGGCCGGUUUUGGAACAAUUGCUCGGCCGGGCCGGCAUUGAAUUCGCCGUGGUGAAGGGGGGCCGGUUGAAGGACAUGGGUGGCUUCUGGCGGGGGCCCACUGAAGAGGAGUCGGAAAACCUUCAAGCGAUAAUCUCUGAGGUUUACGACAACUUCGUGGCCGUGGUGGCCAGCGGACGCUCAAUGGAACAAGACCAGGUACGGGAACUGGCGACGGGGGAGCUUUUCACGGCCCGCCGGGGCAAGGAACUCGGCCUCGUGGACGACCUGGUUGACUUCGAGGAAUCCCUGGAAAUGGCCGGCCAAUUGGCUGGUAUCGACAGGAACAAGGCCCGCCCCAAGUGGUUGCGUCCCCAUCGCAGCAUGUCCGAACGUUUGACUGGACGCCCAGCCUCGCAGGCUGCGGGACUGAGCCUGCUCGGACCGGACCUGCAAAGGCUAAUGGCCGGAGGCCUCUACUAUCUGGACCCCUCAGCUUUGCUGGGUAGCCCUGAGGGCUGAUUCAAAACCGCCGUAACCCUCUUGGCAACUACCAUCCGGCGUCGCUGGGGCGCAGUCCCAUCAAUGCCUGGCCGCCAAACUCGUAGUUGGACAGCAGGCCGGCGCCAUGCUGCACCACCACAUGAACGUCCCGCCAACGCCGCUCCAGGCCAUUUCGCCGGUGGAUGGCAUUGGUGCCGGCAGCGUGGAACAGAAUAUCCACGGCCCUGGCUGCUUCAUGGAUGGAGCGGGUGAUAGCCAGGCGCGCCUGGGUUAGAUCGGGACUGGGCAAGGGCAUAUCCUCGGUGUAGGACUCCCACGCCCGUCCUACCGUAUCCAGAACAUGGGCGCGGGCGCCGCUGAUAAUCGCUUCAGCCUCGCCAACCUUGGACUGCACCU